AUGCACGGUGAUGAUGAUCUCACACCCUCUGGGCGGGCUCCGUGUCGAGGAGAAAGCUCCCCAUUCCGAGACGCUCUCAGUGAGCUACUCUCAGGCAAGAGCAGGUCAGACCAGAAACAGAUGGGAACUCGGUGCAGGGCGCGUGACUGGGGUCUUGAGAUGCACUGGGAUUUGUCAGAGGGACUUCGACCCAGAGAGAUGAGGGGCACAGAUCUGCAGAACCAUGGUGACAGAUCUGCAGAGGGCCACUGGGUCGCAGGCGAUCUUCAAGACUGGGAUGAGGGUGUGGAGACUGGGUCUGCGGAAGCUGCAUCAAGCUCCGGACCAAUCCUUCUGGAAGGCAAGCUAUCAGAUGCAGGCGAAGAUGCUCUCCCGAUGCAAUUCUUGAUGGUGAGCGGUGCCGGAUGUGAGCCAGUCAACGGUCAAUAUUCCCAUGUGGACCAAUUCGAAGGCAAGCCCCUUAUGCUUUCGCCUGUGGAUGGCGAGGCGACGACAGCUUCUCCAAACUACGGUUCACCACCCACUCUCUCCAAGGAACCCUGCACCGAUGUUCAAGAAAGUGAAACAGGAGAUGCGCGUGAUGAUCUUACUGGAUCUCCAGCUGCAUCAAGCCCUGGAAAGGUACCAGAUGAGAGUGUGACAGAGCCUGAGCAGGGUGUCGUGGUCGAAGGCGCUUGCAUCCGGCAGGACGAUUUCGCAUCUGAUUAUGCUUCGUCCUGGGCAUCACUCUCAUCCAUGUCAGAUGCAGCGGACAGUGGUGGCGAGGUUCUACCAGGCGACUUGAUGGUGAGAGGUGCAGGUUAUGGGCCAGUCAAUGGCCGAUAUUCUCAUGCUGGGGCUUUCGAGGGAAAGCGCAAGUACAAGCAGAUCGAUGGCAAGGCGAUCAUCUUCUUCAAGUUGGGGAGUUGGAGAUUAAAUGAUGGUGAUAAUACUGGUGGGUGGUGCUAUCAAGCGGAGAUUGAUUCACCAACGCCUUUGAGUAAGUGGGUGACAGCUUCUCCAAACUACGGUUCACCACCCACUCUCUCCAAGGAACCCUGCACCGAUGUUCAAGAAAGUGAAACAGGAGAUGCGCAUGAUGAUCUUACUGGAUCUCCAGCUGCAUCAAGCCCUGGAGAGGUACCAGAUGAAACUGUGGAGCUGCCGGAGUGCAUUGUGGUCGAAGGUCUCGACGCGGAACGCUUCGUUCCGCGUCGCGCGCGGCACGGUGCCGCCCUGCCGCCGUUCCUGGUGGCGCGCGGCGCCGAGCGCGGGAAGAUCAACGGCCGAUAUGCGGCCGAGAGCGGGUACAAGCAGGUGGAGGGUGAGGCCAUCAUUUUCUUCAAAUGGGGCAAGUGGAGAUGGAAUGCUCUAGACCGCAGGGAUGGAUGGUUCUAUGAAGCCCCUCCGUGCGAAGGGAGCGACGGCAACCUGCCGCCCUUUGAACACUGGGUAACUCGUCCAUCGCUCGUGGGCGUAGCGCCAAGCCUUUCGUUGGGGAACUACCGAGAUAUCAAGGAAGGCGAUGUGGUGACCCUUGCAGAGUGCCCUGAUUUCGAUUGGACUGGAUGUCCUGAGGGCCCUGCCAAGAGGCUGUCCUUUUCAGGUACCUCGUGGACGGUGACGGUGCAUGAGCUUCGGGGAGAGUGGUUUUAUCCCCGGGAAUUUCCGGAGAAGAUCGCGCCACUGGCAGGCUUGGGUGCUGUGAGCUUGAUGGGCAAGGAGCACUGUGUCUCGGGCGGCGUGCUGCAAGAGGUCUAUGUGGCUUGUGAUCGAUCGGGUCUCAGCGGCUUCUAUGGUCAUCAUGGCAUGCACAAUGGAAAAGCCAUGUACCAGAAGUUGGAUCAGACUGCCAUGAUCUACUUCAGUGAAGAGUGGAAGAUUGGUGCCACCAUGGACCAGUGGACCUUCCGACAUCCCGGCCUUCCGGUCUCACAGCUCCCUUUGGGUCGAUGGGCUUCGAGCUCCACGUCCGCCACCGACCCUCCCAGCCUCGCGGCGGUGCCGCAACUGCUGCGCGUGGCCGGCACGGCGGAGCAGCUCCAGGGUCACUAUGCGCGUGCGGAGCAUCUGAAGGGGAGGCCGAUCUUCCGUCAGAUCGGCGGGCGCGGAGUGGUCGUGAGCGUAGGGCGGGGCUGGAAGAUCAAGCACGAAGAACGGGCGUCGGGCUGCUACUAUGAACACGGAGACCUCUCGGGCAGAUCGCCUCCCGCAGGUCAAUGGAGCUCCCUCAUAGGGGGAAAAGCAGCAGAGGUAGAACAUGUCGCUUUGAUUCCAGCAACUGACACUGCUCCGAGAUUUAUUUGGGUUCGGGGUGCCAGCGAUGAAGCAAAGGUGGUGAAUGGCUGCUACGUGUGCAUGGGGUCAAGCAAUGGCAAGCCCAAAUACAUGCAAAUAGGCGCUUCGGGGAUCAUCUAUUUUGCCGGGAAUUGGAAGAUUCACAGCGAGAAUUCGGAGGAUUCUUGGUUCUACAAGCAUCCGGAUCCAAUUCUCCCAAUUCCGCCCACCUUCGGGUGGACGACGGAAGGCUACACCCUGGGCCAGCCCGAAGUGCCAUUCCUUCAGCCACAGCCGAGGUAUUUGGAGCAAGAACCCGAGCCAGGGCAGCCACUUCCCUUCUUUGAGGUUCGAGGUGCCGGGUUGCCCUCUGUGAAUGGCCGCUUCUCCAAAAGCACGAGACCGGCGGUCUCCGACCGGCCGGUCUACCAAUGUGCUGGCUCGACCUCGAGCGCAGUGAUGUAUUUCAAGAAGGGCAAGUGGAAUUUGCACCGCAACAAUCGAUUCGAUGGUUGUCAAUUUGACUAUGAAGGUCCUUCCAGUGGCCCUGAGCACGGCUCGCCCCUGCCACCGACUCAAUGGUUCCCCAGGGAUGGACCUGGACCGGCGCCCUCUCUUUGGUUGGGGACCCGGCGCGACCUUCGAGAAGGUGAUGUGGUGGACUUUCGAGAGGUCUCCAGCAAAGUGAACUGGUUUGGAUGUCCGGAAGAGAACGGCCUCAUGAGGCUGCACUUUCAUGUGGGCACGAAAGCCACCAUCCGACGCGUCGCAGGCGACUGGUUCUAUGCCGAGAAUCCAUCCAAAGUGGCGCCCUUGGCAGCUGUAAGGCAUUUGUAUUUGAAGGAUACACCUCAUUGCUUUCAUGAGCCGCCGCAGAUAGCGGAUGCAAGCUCUCGAGAUGCCACGGUGGAGGCAGAGCAGGUUGAAGGUGGCUAUGAUGAGGAAUGGAGGGCAGAGCAAGAUGUGGAAAGAUUCCGAUGUCCCAUUUGCAUGCUGGUGGCCCGCGAUGCUAUGGCACAUGGUUGUGGCUCCGUGCUGUUUUGUGAGCUUUGCUGGCUGAAAUGCAUCGCUGAGGAUAGCAAAUGCCCUGUUUGCCGCGAGCACGGCUCCAGCAUCGCGCCAGCACAUGUUGAACGGAGAUCCAUCAAGAACCUCCUGGUGAAAUGCUCCAACAAGUGUGGUGCGAGCUUCCAUUUGGUGGAGAAGGCGGAGCAUCGGAAGGAGUGUCCCAAGCGCCAAGUGACCUGUGCUGCCUGCCAGACCUUCUAUGAUGCGGAUCGCGAAGAAGAACACCAAGAGGAAUGCGAAGCUAAGUGGAAGAAGUGUCAACUAUGUGGAGAUCAGGUGGCGUUGGAGGAGCUGGAGGCCCACUAUGCUAGCCAUCACUUCGCUGAGCUGGUGCAACUGGUCGAGCUCAGGGAAGAAGUGGCACAGCUACGAGAGGAAGUGAGGCACUUGAGAGGGGAUGCCAGAAUGAGGGGAGGAGACAGGCCCCGAGCGAGCGCUCCAAACCAUGGUUACGACGAUUGUUUCGAGAUCGACUCCGACCGUGGAGGGGCCUUGUUCCGACUUCCGGAAUUUUCUGCCUCCGACCCCGAAAGGGCGAGCUCAGUUCCGGAAUUUUCGGCAACUGACUCGGAUUUUUAG